UGAGCCCGGGACGCCGCCGCCGCAUCCCAAUGGCCCGAGUCCCUGGACGUCAAUCAUCCCUCCCUCCCCCCACUCCACUCAACAACAACCCGCUGCUGGCCGUCCGUCGGGCAGGUUCCAUACCUAGGGUGAUGUGUUCUGAAAAUAGUUCCAUGUCAUGUAUGCGUAGUUAGUAGUUACACCACACACACACACAAACACACACACACACAGACACAAACCGCUCACCACCAAAAGCCGCAACCGAACUUUCAAUCUCCCCGGGUUCAAAGGCUGGCUGUGCUUGCUACCUUGAUCAUCGGCCAUCCUCCGAGCCCACGAAGCCCCAAAACUCUUGACUAGCCAGCCUGCAUCUCUACUCUUUCUCUCUCUCUCUCUUCCUAAUACCCUUCACCACUUAAACCUCCACUACUGUUCCUACUACAAGGACUCACUUGUUGCAUAUCCUGCGGAUCUACGGAUAGAGUCUUCCCUCUUCGAGGAUGCUGCAACUCAAUGAUCCACACAAUGACCCGGGCCUUUGGUGGGUUCUCCUCAAGCGCGAUGGGCCGACAUCCAUAUGUGCAGGCGCACCGCCGCCGCCAUCGCACCGUUCAAAUGUCGUCUCUGCUGCCCGUCGUUGUUGCGGAUAACAGAAACCCCGUCUCGUCGGUCUUGUCGUCGGUUUGUUCUCGCGAGGAGAAGGAUUCAUCCCUUCCACACUCUUCCAGCAACCGGCCGACCAACGUCCAUCUCCACCACCACCACCAUCUUCUCCCACGUCGACUCAUAGAGCCUCGAAGACGACUACCACCACCGCAAGCCCGCCUCUUUUCCACGGCAGGGUCCUUUUCCGCUCCCCUUACACAUAGGACGACCCUCGAUAUGCUUCACGAAAGGCCCAUGCCUCCGUCACACCCCUCCAUCACCUCCCUCUCCUCCUCCUCAUCAUCCCCCUCUUCAUCCUCUUCCUCCUCACUCCCUCAUCAACUUCAGGCCGUCAUGGCUCUUCUACAACCUCUCCUCGCCCCGACGUCGACCAGACACGACGAUAAGCUCUCACACAGGGUCGUCACCACCGCACGGCGGAAGUUGACUCUGCCGGAGCGGAUCCCCCGUGGCGCGUGGGACUCACACAUGCACGUUGUCGACCCUGCCGCAUAUCCCUUGGCGAAGGAUGCCGUAUACUGUCCCAAGACGCACCGGCUAGACCAGGCCCUCUCGUUCGAGUCGUCCGUCGGCAUCGACAACAUCGUCCUCGUCCAGCCCUCCAUCUACGGAUACGAUAACACGUGCCUACUCGACGCCCUGCGUGCUCUCGGCCCCCGCCGCGGCCGGGCCGUCGUGGCAUUUGAACCGGGCAGUCUCUCCGAGAGCACCCGCCGGGAGUGGCACAAGCUCGGGGUAAGAGGCGUGCGCAUCAACCUGUCCUCCGUCGGCAAGUCCCUCGACGCCCGGGAGCUCCGCGAGCUGCUGCACCGCUACGCCCACGACUGCAAGCCCCUGGACUGGGUCAUCCAGCUGUACAUGCCCAUGUCCAUGAUCGAGCUGCUGGAGCCCGUCGUCCCGACGCUCGGCGUCCGCGUCUGCAUCGACCACCUCGGCCACCCGUGCGUCAAGGACAUGCCGUCGGAGGACCCGUACGACAUGCCGGGCUUCGCGUCCCUGGCGAAGCUGCUGCGGGCCGGCAACACGUACGUCAAGCUGUCGGCGCCGUACCGUCUAAGCUCCCGGGCCGACCACAGCGACCUGGAGCCCAUCGCGCGCGAGGUCCUGCGCCUACGGGGCAGGGACCGCGUCAUAUUUGCGACGGACUGGCCGCACACCCGGUUCGAGGGGCUGGACAUCCGGCCGUGGAUGGAGACGGUCCUCGACUGGUGCGGCAAGGACGAUGUCCUGACCGACAGGCUGUUCAGGGGCAACGCGGAGGACCUGUGGAAUGCCCGGCACGGGAGAUGAUGCAUUCCAACGGCGACGACACUGGGUCUUAUUCGUGUUGAUGUAAAGCGUUGCAUGCCUCCCAUUAUUCUUGUCUUUAGCAUAGCAAGCGCUGCCUGUCUUUUUGUCUUUUUUUUCUUUCUCUUCUCAUUGCAGAGAAACACUUGCGUUGGUCUCGGCCGACGCAUUUUCACGAUUUACGACUACCAAAGAACUUAGAAACGAACAAUAAUACCAUGAGCCCA